AUGGCCUUUACCGAGUUCGUCAUCCCGACUUUGAAGACAGAUCCUGCGACGGAAGCUGUAUUCACCAACAAGAUCGGACCCUUUCUCGUAGAGAUCCUCGAUAAACAUGCCACUCCUCCCAAGCACAAAUACUUCGGAAAGAUUCUCCUCGAAAAUGGCAAUGAUGUGUCAGGAGACUUUAGACUUGCUGUUGGACUUGAGUGGGGAGACGCUUCACAUUUCCAGUCCUUCGUCGAUUCAGAAGACUUCGAGGUCACCUUCAAGUCUCUAGUGAUGCCUCAUUCUAUUGCUCCACCAGUCCCUCAGCUAUACAACACGGACUUCGAACCCACCAAAGUGUUUGGAAGUACGUUGACGGAGGUGUGGCAGGGGAAGAUUGGGGAGGGUAAUGAGAAAGUAGCAGAGUCUAGGGAGGCGUGGAAAAAGUUUGUUAACGCAGUUGCGGAGGCAAAUGGCUCAAAAGGAACUGAGGAGAGCAUUCAAGGACCAAGCGUAAAUCUAGAGGAGAAGAGGUGGGUUGGUGUAUUGGGAUGGGAGAGCAUGGAGAACCGCGCGAAGGUGCUUGGUAACCCAGCUGUUCAAGAAGCGAAAAAGGGUCUUGAUGGGUUGGUGUGGAAUACCUUUGUUACCGCGUUCCAAAAGUAA